AUGGAUGAGGGUUUCUCAGUCCAAGACGAUAUGCAGCCUAAUGAGUUCAAUUUGUUGAGCGACAACACUUUGACAUCAGAAAGCAAUGGAGACGGUGCUUCUGAAAGUAGUAGCAGUUGUACGUGUUCGUCACAAGGCAUACCACUGGAUGCUAAGCUUGAGAAGAAACCUGAUCCUAUUAUUGUAAAGCCUCCAAAUGCUGAUCCAUUUUCUGACGAGUGGUUAGCUGCAAUUGAGGCUGCUGGAGAGGAGAUUUUAACACUGAAGAGUGGACGUCUACAAAUAUUCACCAACCGACAAAUCUUCUCCUGA